UUCUACUUCCCACUCUGCCCUUUUUCAUCACUACUCUUCCCUCUUUCAUCACUCCUCUUCUCUUUUCCAUUACUACAUCCGACACUUGAAAUACUCCCAGCUAUCAUGGGCCGUGGUCACUAUACUAGGUGUGCUCGUAAGGACGAGACCACUCCGUCUACUUCAGCAACAGUCAAGACCCCGAAACAUACUGUCACGAUGCAUGAUGCUCCUCACAAUGAGGCCCAGCUGCCUCGCCCUGUUGUUCAGGUUUCUGUUACCGAUGCGAAUCAAGCCUCGAACAACCCGGACAACCAGCUCGCCGCCUCUGAGUAUAAUCUCCUGGACCUCCUCGGCGACAAGAUCAAUGCUCUUGGCAGCUUCUUGCUCGACAUGAGGGACAGCACCGAGACCAACCCCCUCGAUCGCAUCAACGACGCUGCCGCUGACUUGGCCAACACCCUCCGCGGCCUCUGGGUAGGUCAGGUGACAACCAUCAAUGAUGGCCCACAAACACAAGCCAACCGCCUUCACGACCUCACCAAGCUCCUGUUUCUCCAACCCUCCCCAUCAAUAAAAACUAUAACCAACGCCCAAAUCAUGGCCAAGCUCGACGAGAUCACCAACCGGCUUGCUGGCAUGGAGGCUCGAUCUCAGGGCGAGCUCACGCUUGAUGAAUUUGACCGUAUGAUGGAUAGAUUCGAUGAUAUCAACGAGAGGUUUUAUCUGUUGAAGAAGAGUGUUGCUGACAUCAGGCGGAUGCACAACGGUGACUUGCAGACUUUGAGAAACGACUUUUCCAUGAGGAUGGAAAAGCACCAGAAGGAGAUGGAGGAGCGGUUGAAUGAGGAUAUGGGUGCGAUACAGAAGUACAUUCAUGACAGGUCUGGCGAUUUUAUUGAGGACAUGGCUGUGAGGGUGAAGGAUGUGGUUGGUCGGGAGAGGGAGGUUCAGCUUCAGGAGUUGAGGGGUUCAAAGACGGCUGUUUUGGCGGCUGUUGGGGGGAAGGGAGAGGAGAAGACUGUGAAGGAGGUCCCGCCAUGUCGAUGGUGUCCCAAACCUGUUCCGUUUCCGUUUCUCCAGCCUUGUGCAUGUGAGCGCCAGAGAAAGAGCGAUCGCAAUCCGAAGCCAACGGGUGCUACUUUCUUGCCCUCCAAGCCACCCGCAGACAGUGGCGUAGUGUAG